AUGACGGGUGCCACAACGUUCCCGUCGGAGCCUACACCCGACAUGCUCGAAAAGAAGGAAAGUGUACCACAAAACACCGACCUUGAGGCGACCAUCGACCAAGAGGAUCCCCUUGCUCUUCUCUCAAAGAUCGAAACCAACUCGGAUGCACAUCCGAUCAGAUGGCCGCUAUGGAAAAAGUGGUAUAUCGUCUUUGUGUACUGCCUUCUCCAAGUCUUCGUCACCCUGACAUCGACGACGUACGUCUCGGUUGAAUUCUUGAUCAUGGAGAAAUGGACCAGCUCCACCCAGGUCGCCACGCUCGGCCAAAGCAUGUUCAUCGUCGGGACCGCCGUGGGACCCGCGUUCCUUGGCCCUCUUUCCGAUAUUGGAGGCAGGAAAUGGGUAUACGUCGGCUCGAUCCUGCUCUAUGCGAUUCUCAAUAUCGGCACCGCUCUGGCCGACAACUUCCCAAUGUUGGUCAUCUUCUGCUUCCUCAUCGGGUGCGCGGGCUCGGUUGCGUUGUGCAAUGUUGCGGGAACGAUUGCUGAUCUCUUUGGCGAUUCCGACGGCGCGGCGCAGCCCAUGGCUCUCUUUGUCCUCUCGGCGAAUUUCGGGCCUAGUUUGGGCUCCCCGAUAGGAGAAUGGAUAGCAGAAGACGAGAGCCUGGGGUGGCGCUGGAUAUUUUAUAUCAAUAUCAUCAUCGGCGGCGCGUUCGCCUUUUUCCUGUGUUUCAUACCCGAGACUCUACCCCGCAUUGUCAUUGCCAGGGCGGUCAAGAGACGGGGUAGCGUCGAUCAAAACGCCCUGGAGAUUGCGAUGGGAUCUAGCAAGCUGUCAGUUAUGCGAGAGGUGAAGUUCGUCGCGACGAUGGCUUUGAGAAUCAUGUUCACCGAACCCAUCGUCAUUUCGCUUGGCCUCUAUAAUGGGUUCGCUUAUGGUUUGCUAUUCCUCUACCUCGACGGUGUCUUUGAUGUGUUCGUCUUCGACAACGGUCUCAGCUAUAUUGGGGCAUCAUUGACCUACCUCAAUUUCUGUGUCGGUGUCACGGUGACAUUCAUCUUCGUGCCUGUCCAGACCUACCUCUUCCGGCGGGAUAGGAUAAAGCACGGCCGCCACAGGCCCGAAGCCCGUUUUCUCACAUCUCUGGUGGCUGUUUGGCUGUUCCCAAUUAGUCUGUUCUGGUUUGCUUGGACGUGCGACGGCUCUGUAUCAUAUUGGUCUCCGGUCGUGGCGGGCGCAGUGCUUGGCUUCUGCGACCCACUCCUUUGGUUGGCAAUGCUUAACUAUAUCACGGAUUCGUAUCCGAAUGUCGCGGCCAGUGCCAUCGCAGCGUUCCUCAUCCCGAGUUUCCUCAUCGCCGCAGGUUGUGCACAUGCCGGUGUUGCGAUGUUUGCAAACAUGAAUAUCAGAUGGGCGUUCUCAACCCUGGCAUUCAUCUCUAUUGGCUUGGUGGUGCUGGUAUAUGUCCUGUUCUUCUUUGGGCCGACGUUGAGAAGGUGGAGUCCGUUGGCGAGGACGUUCUGA